AUGGCCUCUGCUUCUCUUUAUUCCCUCCAUCUCGUGCUAAUUUGCCUGUUCCCGUAUUGUGUUACAGCCCAAACAUACCGCAACAUAACAUUGGGCUCAUCCAUAAGCGCUCGCAAUGACAACUCCUCUUGGACAUCUCCAUCCGGAGAUUUUGCAUUUGGGUUCCAACAGAUUGGAACUGAGAUGUUUAUACUAGCCAUAUGGUUCAACAAAAUACCUGAAAAAACCAUUAUUUGGUCAGCUAACGGUGCAAAUCUAGUGCAAGAAGGGUCCAAAAUUGAACUUACCACGGAUGGCCAGUUUGUUCUUAGUGAUGCAAAAGGAAAGGAGGUAUGGACAGCUACUUUGCCUGGUACAGAAGUUGCCUAUGCAGCGAUGCUUGACACAGGAAAUUUUGUGCUGGCUAGCCGGGAUUCUACAAACUUGUGGGAAAGUUUUAACCAGCCAACUGACACAAUACUACCCGCACAACAAUUUGACCAGGGCAACAGACUUGUUGCACGCUAUUCAGAAAUGAAUUACUCAAGUGGAAGAUUUGAGUUUAUAUUACAGGCUGAUGGAAAUCUAGUUCUCUACACCAGAGCUUUCCCACUGGACUUGGUGAAUACUGCUUACUGGUCAAGCAAAACUGUAGGAAGUGGCUUCCAAGUUAUUUUCAACCAAUCUGGGUACAUCUACCUUGUAGCUAGAAACGGAAGCAUACUUAGUAUGAUAGCGUCUAAUGGAGCUUCAACUAGUCAAUUCUAUCAGCGAGCAAUUCUUGAAUAUGAUGGGGUCUUCAGGCAAUAUGUUUAUCCUAAGACAAAUGGUGCUAGCUCUGGAAGGUCCAUGUCAUGGUCUUUGCUAUCCUCCGUACCUUCAGAUAUUUGCAUGAGCAUCACGGAAGACACGGGAGGUGGGGCUUGUGGAUUCAACAGCUACUGCGUUCUAGGAACAGAUCAGCGGCCGAGAUGUGAGUGCCCACCUGGAUACUCAUUCUUGGAUCCAAGUAAUCAGAUGAACGGGUGCAAACAGGAUUUUGUUUCACAAGACUGCGAUGGAUUGCAAGAAGCAAAUCUUUUUGGUUUCAGAGAUAUGCCCAACACAGACUGGCCACUCUCAGAUUAUGAAUAUUUCCAGCCAGUUUCUGAGGAUUGGUGCAGGCAGACCUGCUUGAAUGAUUGCUUUUGUGCAGUUGCUAUCUUUAGAAAUGGUAAUUGUUGGAAGAAGAAAAUUCCUCUCUCAAAUGGGAGAUUGGCUCCAAGUGUUGGAGGAAAAGCUCUGAUCAAAAUAAGGCAAGAAAAUUCUACUUGCAAAUCCGUUGGUGAAGGUUCAAACAAUAACGAUCGCUCAACUUUAAUCCUUAUUGGAUCUCUGCUCCUAAGCAGCUCAGUAUUUUUGAAUUUUCUUCUGCUGAUAGUAACUCUUUUUGUUACUUUGCGUUUCAAUAGCAGAAGAAGAAAGAUGCUUCAACUCUGUCCAGCAAUUCAAGGAAUGAGUUUACGAUGUUUUACUUAUAAAGAGCUAGAAGAAGCGUCAAGUAAAUUCAAAGACGAGCUAGGGAGGGGUGCAUUUUCAACGGUUUAUAAAGGAGUUCUGGAUCUUGGUAAUAAAAACUUGGUGGCAAUUAAAAACCUAGAGAAGGUAGUGACAGAAGGCGAGCACGAAUUUCAAGCAGAAAUGAAUACAAUUGGAAAGACAAAUCACAAGAAUUUGGUUCAGCUGCUAGGAUUCUGCAAUGAGGGGCAACAUCGACUUCUGGUGUAUGAAUAUAUGAGCAAUGGAUCUUUAGCAGACUACCUCUUUGGAAAUUCAAGGCCUAGCUGGCACAAAAGAAAACAAAUUGCUUUCGGAACUGCAAGAGGACUUGUUUAUUUACAUGAGGAGUGUAGCAACCAGAUCAUACACUGUGAUAUCAAGCCUCAAAAUAUCCUUCUAGAUGGAUCCUUUACACCAAGAAUUUCUGACUUUGGAUUAGCAAAACUGUUAAAGACUGACCAGACUCGAACAGUAACUGGAAUAAGAGGAACCAAAGGAUAUGUUGCUCCGGAAUGGUUCAAAAGCAUGCCCAUCACGGUCAAGGUUGAUGUUUACAGCUUUGGCAUUCUGUUGCUAGAGCUCAUUUGCUGUAGGAAAAAUUUUGAGCAGAACAUAGAAGAUGAGCGUCAAAUGGUAUUGGCUGAUUGGGUAUGUGAUUGCUAUGAAGAAAGGACAUUGAGUCUGAUCGUUGAGAAUGAUGAAGAGGCAUUGGAAGACUUUAAGACGUCGGAGAAGUAUUUGAUGAUUUCCAUCUGGUGCAUUCAAGAGGAUCCUUCACUAAGACCCACAAUGAAGAAAGUCGUACAGAUGCUAGAAGGAGAUGUUGAAGUCCCACUUCCUCCAGGUGCUUCCUCAUUUGUUAGUUAAAUUUAUAUGUCUCCCUGUAAAUAAGAAUGUAAUAUAUUUUUGGGGCAUUCGACAGGUCUAUGGUAUAAUA